AUGAUGUUCGGCGGCAGAAAAGUUCAUAAAAUAUCGAAUUUCGUGCACAACGAUGAAAUAUGGAAAGAUCACGUGAAUUAUGAAUUGCAGUCGUUACGGAAAUGGCCUGACAAAUGGGGAUUUUUAACUCAUGAGUACAACAGAAUGCAUCGCCGACUGAUUGGUGAGACACUGACUCCAGAUUUGGCAUCUAUCGAUUCAAGAGCAACGCCCCGUAAAGACUGCGGAUUGAAGUUACCGGCAAUUCAAGCAAGACCAAACCAGGGGAAACAAAUGAAAGUAGAAUUAGUCAAACAGAAGAGUACUCAAACAGGAAGACCUAUGCUGAGUGCCCAGUUUCCAAGGACAACGGCGGAAGAGAUUGGAUGGAAAUCCGCUAUGGCUGACUACCAGCUUGAAAUGUACGGACGAUAUCUCACACCGAAGGCUAGAGGGCAGCAGGGUAUUCGAAAAAUGUUGAACUGGCCGUACCAGGGACUAUAUUGA